CUCGGGGCGCCCCGCCCCUAGGCGGUCCUCGCGUCCCGCCCCCGCAGGCCAGUCGGCAGGGGACGCUCGCGCGCCGGGUCUCCUUGGCAACUCGCCGCUCCGCCCCUCCACCCCUUUAACCUUUAGGCUGCGCGUUUCCGGGUCCCUCUCUGGCCUGGCUCCCCUCCCUUCCCCUCCCCCUCGAGGGCCUGUCGGACCGGAAGCCAAGAUGGCGGCGGCCGCAGCCGAGCUGGUGAUCGGCUGGUGCAUCUUCGGCCUCUUGCUCCUGGCUAUUUUGGCAUUUUGCUGGAUAUAUGUUCGUAAAUACCAAAGUCAGCGAGAAAGUGAAGUUGUCUCCACCAUAACAGCAAUUUUUUCACUAGCAAUUGCACUUAUCACGUCAGCACUUCUCCCAGUGGAUAUAUUUUUGGUUUCUUACAUGAAAAAUCAAAAUGGAACAUUUAAGGACUGGGCUAAUGCUAAUGUCAGCAGACAGAUUGAAGACACUGUUCUGUAUGGUUACUAUACACUGUAUUCUGUCAUACUCUUCUGCGUGUUCUUCUGGAUCCCUUUUGUCUACUUCUACUAUGAAGAGAAGGAUGAGGAUGACACCAGUAAAUGCACUCAAAUUAAAACGGCGCUCAAGUACACUUUGGGAUUUGUUGUGAUUUGCGCACUUCUUCUCUUAGUUGGUGCUUUUGUUCCAUUGACCCUUCCCAGUAACAAAAAUUCUACAGAGUGGGAAAAAGUGAAGUUCCUGUUUGAAGAACUUGGAAGUAGUCAUCUCAGUCGUGGUCUUCCUAACUUGUUAAUGCAGUAUUCCUGUUUUUAUGGAUUAGCUGCGUUGUCAUUCUCCAUUAGUUCUCUGACCCUGAUUGGAAUGUUGGCAGCUAUAACUUACACAGCAUACGGCAUGUCAGCAUUACCUUUAAAUCUGAUAAAAGGUACCCGAAGUGCUGCUUACGAACGGUUAGAGAACACUGAAGACAUUGAAGAAGUGGAGCGGCACAUGCAGACAAUCCGCUCAAAGAGCAAAGAAGGUCGACCUUUGUCAGCAAGGGAUAAACGUGCCUUAAAGCAAUUUGAAGAGAAAUUACGAGCACUUAGAAGAAGAGAGAGGCACUUAGAAUUCAUUGAAAACAGCUGGUGGACGAAAUUUUGUGGCGCUCUGCGUCCCUUGAAGAUCAUUUGGGGGAUAUUUUUCAUCUUAGUUGCAUUGCUGUUUGUAAUUUCUCUCUUCCUGUCAAAUUUAGAUAAAGCUCUUCAUUCAGCUGGGAUAGAUUCUGGUUUCAUAAUUUUUGGAACUAACCUGAGUAAUCCAUUGAACAUGCUUUUGCCUUUGUUACAGACAGUGUUCCCUCUUGAUUAUAUUCUUAUAACAAUUAUUAUUGUGUACUUUAUUUUUACUUCGAUGGCAGGAAUUCGAAAUAUUGGCAUAUGGUUCUUUUGGAUUAGACUGUAUAAAAUCAGAAGAGGGCGAACCAGGCCUCAAGCACUCCUGUUUCUCUGCAUGAUCCUUCUACUCAUUGUCCUUCACACUAGCUACAUGAUUUACAGCCUUGCUCCCCAGUACGUAAUGUAUGGAAGCCAGAACUACUUAGUAGAGAACAAUAUAACUUCUGAUGUUCAUAAAGGCAAUUCGACCCUUUCUAUGCCAAAGAGAUGUGAUGCAGAUGCCCCUGAAGAUCAGUGUACUGUAACCCGGACAUACCUAUUUCUUCACAAGUUCUGGUUCUUCAGUGCUGCAUACUAUUUUGGUAACUGGGCCUUUCUUGGGGUAUUCUUGAUUGGAUUAGUUGUGUCCUGCUGUAAAGGGAAGAAGUCAGUCAUUGAAGGUGUGGAUGAAGAUUCAGAUCUAAGUGAUGAUGAGCCAUCUGCCUAUUCUGCCUGACAACCUUCCACCCUUAGCUUUAUGAAACAGACUGAUACCUGUUAGCAUUUUCAGAAUUUUAAAGUAACAUUAAGAUGAACUGUCUAGCUUUCAUCAGAAGUGGGAGCAUGGCCAUUAAAAAGAACUAUAUUUUUUAUGUUUUCUGAAGUAACAUUAUUGUAUCAUAGAUGAACACUUAAAAUUGCUAUAAUAAUACUGUAUAAAUAUGAGAUUGCCAGGUUUGUGAGGAAAUAUUUGUGAAAAUUUUUAUUCUUUAUUAUAUGAUAGUGUUAAAUUUAUUAAAAUCUUCCAUAAAAUCUUUGUUCCCUUUUAAAACCCUAAUAAGAAGUCACUUGUAUUUGUGCCUUAGGGUCUCCAGAAUCAUGUGCAGUUUUAAUGUGUCUUUAUUGAUUGGCUAAACAGUGUUCACAGUAUUGUUCCUGGAUGAACAUACAGCUCAUGUGCAGCUUGUUUGCAGCUUUGUGCAUAAAAUUAUUAGUCUAACUGAAGUAGAUUUCAUGAGAAUUUUGCAAACUACUUAAGACCAUGGUGUUUUUAAGGUGUGUUAUUGUUGUAUUAUUGUUGAUACUAAUCAAGUCUUCACACCUCCACAAGAAUAUUCAAGGUAUACGUAUUGAUGAAGAUAGCAUUUGUUUUAUAAAAGGCUUUAAAUUUUGUAUUGUAAUGCAAAUGGAAGUAUCAAGAAUAAUUGAUCCUGAAAAACUCAGUUUACUGAGCAUUAUACGGUAUAUGACAUCACACUCAGAUUUAUUUCGUUUAAAGAUCUGAAAUUUACAAAAGGUAGAAUCAACUAUAUAACCUCUGCAGAGUAUUUUGAAAGUGUGCUGGAUAGUAAAAAUAAAAUAUAAAUUGCUACCAUAAAUUAGAAUUCAUUAAAAUGUUUCUAUGUUUGUGCUUGAAGUAAACUAUCUCUGCUUCUGGAGAAGAUUUAAGAAUUAGCCCCAUGUGCAACUAAGUAUUCUGUCCCUUAAUUUUUGUAGCACUUUUUGUCUGUUCAGAUGAAAUCUUUGCCUCUGUUGAUAGGCAUUGGGAGCCUUUGUGUUUGACUUGUUUCACCAGUCUCUCUGGUGUCCAUUUUACAUUCUCUGGGUGCACAGUAUCACAUACCCUCAGCCUCCAACACUAUUGCUUUCCCUAUACUCUGAACUUUACUUGCUUGUUAACUACAUUAUUGAUUCAGUUGCAGCAGAUUAAAAAUUGAACUCUUCAUUAAUAACGCA